CCCCAGGACACAAGCCCUGGACUUAGCACCAUGGCGCUGGGGGGGGCCUUAAGCAUCUUUCUGUCCCUCUGCUUGCUUUGCCUGCUCAUCUGGAUUGCGUGGGAGAGAACCAGCAAGAGAGGGAAGCUGCCCCCUGGCCCCACACCAAUACCAGUUUUGGGGAACCUGUUACAAGUCCGAACUGAUAACAUAUUUCAAUCCUUCCUGAAGCUCCAGAAAAAAUAUGGCCCUGUGUUCACUGUGUACUUUGGUCCGAGGCCAGUGGUUAUUUUGUGUGGACACGAGGCUAUGAAGGAGGCCCUGGUCGACCAAGCAGAUGACUUCAGUGGCCGUGGUGAAAUGCCUACAAUAGACAAGAACUUCCAAGGUUAUGGUUUAGCUCUGUCCAAUGGGGAACGAUGGAAGGUACUUCGGCGUUUUUCCUUGGGCGUCCUUCGAAAUUUUGGAAUGGGGAAGCGGAGCAUUGAAGAGCGGAUCCAGGAGGAGGCUGGUUAUCUACUGGAAGAAUUCCAUAAAGUCAAGGGAGCUCCCAUAGACCCCACCUUCUACCUGAGCCGCACUGUGUCCAAUGUCAUCUGUUCCAUGGUCUUUGGAAAACGCUUCGACUAUGAAGACAAAUGUUUCCAGAACCUGAUGAAGAUGAUCAAUGAUAGCUUUGUGGAGAUGAGCAAGCCCUGGGCACAGUUAUAUGACAUGUUCUGGAGAAUCAUGCAGUAUUUUCCAGGAAGUCACAACCACCUCUAUGACUUGUUAGAAGAGCUUAAGGAUUUCAUAACAUCCAGGGUCAAGAUCAAUGAAGCAUCCUUUGACCCCUCAAACCCUAGGGACUACAUCGACUGCUUUCUCAUCAAGAUGCACCAGGAUAAAAGUGACCCCAACACAGAAUUCAACCUCAAGAACUUGGUCCUCACCACCCUCAACCUCUUCUUUGCUGGCACAGAAACUGUGAGUUCCACCUUGCGCUACGGAUUCUUGCUGCUGACAAAGUAUCCCGAGGUGGAAGCCAAGGUUUACGAGGAAAUUAACCAGGUGAUUGGAACACACCGUAUCCCAACAGUGGAUGACCGGGCCAAGAUGCCCUACACUGAUGCUGUCAUCCAUGAGAUACAGAGAGUGAUAGACGUUGUACCCCUGGGUGUCCCCCAUAAUGUCAUACGGGACACUCAUUUCCGAGGCUACUUUCUGCCCAAGGGCACAGACGUGUAUCCCCUGAUUGGCUCAGCCCUCAAAGAUCCCAAAUACUUCCGCUAUCCAGAUACUUUUUAUCCUCAGCACUUUCUGGAUGAACAGGGGCGCUUCAAGAAGAACGAUGCCUUUGUAGCCUUUUCCUCUGGAAAGCGCAUCUGCGUCGGGGAGGCCCUGUCCCGUAUGGAACUCUUCCUCUACUUCACUUCCAUCCUUCAGAGGUUCUCCUUACGUUCUCUGGUGCCUCCUGCUGAAAUCAACAUCACUCACAGGAUCUCAGGCUUUGGCAACAUCCCCCCCAUUUAUAAGCUCUGCUUCAUGGCCCGCUGAGUGCCUGCCCACUGCUAGGCCAACAGAGUCCUCUCAGAGUUGAGCUCUGAUGGAAUUCACUGAUGCCCACUCUCCCUUUCUUCCUCAACCCUCCCUAUACUUAGAGAAGUCAGUCUCAUUGCUGUGCCCGAGGCCACGGGUCAGGAGAGGUGUCUAGAAACACAUGGCUGGAUGUGUGAAGCAGGUCUCUAGCCACAAUUUGGGGCAAAGCCUGAAGGUCAAAUUAAAUUCACUGAGUUUCUCAACCUUGGUCUCAGUCUGCACCACACUCUUACAGAUGCUUUGCCCUUAUACAGUCCUUUGCCUUUGCCCUGACAGUGGCCAGAAUAUACUCUGUACUCUGUCCUAUUUGCCUUUAUUUCUCCUCCCCAAUAAAGAACUCAAGACUA